AUGAAAGGGCCAACCGACAACGUGGCGGAAUCAAACAUCUCGCUGCAGUCUCUUACACCUCUUGGUGUUAAACAACUCUCCAGGAAGGAGAAGCGCGAGCUCCUCCAGCUGCACCGAGAAAAGGAAACGCGAAACUCAAAUGUCGUCCUUCUGCUAGGAACUGACCUGCUCGCUGGCGGUACUAGUGGCAUUGGUUCACAAGAGCUUUUCUGCAUUUACGAGCAGAUUCUCAUUGCAGCACUGGACUGCGGAAGGGUAGACACCAGCCGGCAAUACCUCUCGCUGCUUCAAAAGCAAUUUGGCAGGCAGUCGGUACGCGUGCGGCGCCUGGAAGGCCUGUGCUUAGAGGCAGAGGGUCGUGCAGAGGAGGCGGAAGGUCACUAUCGCGCGUUACUGAAGGACUUUCCAAGUGAUGAUUUCCCCGUGAAGCGACUGUCCACUAUGCUCAAGAGUGAAGGAAAGUAUCACAAGGCUAUCGAGGUGCUGGAGAAGCAGCUAGUCUACACGGAUGUUAACGAUGAGAAACAUACGUUUCUCGAGUUGCACGGCGGUAACUGUCUCAGCGUGUAUCGUGAGCUUUCAAACUUGCACUACCUGUGCGAAAACUAUACCAAGGCCCUACACCAUGCCAAUGAGGCCAUGCUGCUUAGCAGUAGUUGUUAUCUCUCUCAUACGCGCCUCGCCGAGUUGUAUUACAUGGCGGGCGAUCACAGGCACAGUCUUGUAGAGUACGCGCAGUCGCUUCGGUUGAAUGACCAUCCCAACAACAGUCGCGCAGCGUAUGGACUGUGGGUUGUAGCGAAUGAGAUCAUACGACAGAGCAAGUCGUCUACAGCAUCUCGUGUGGGGGAUGAGCAAAAGGAGGAAGCCGUAUCGCUUCGUGCCUGGGCGGAAAAGAAACUUGUAGAUAUGUACAAGGGUAGUCCAAUGCUAUCGGCACUGGAGGCGAUGCUACAUCGUGAUGAUUAA